AUCACAAUCAUUCUCAAAAUUUGACAACAAUCAAAUCUCAAAUGACCUUCCCGGUGUCUUUCUCAAGCAUGUUAUUAAGGUAUGGGGUGUGACAAUUUCUCGACGUGUGAGAGAACAAUGGAAUCGAAACUCUUUUAUCACUGGAAAAGGCAGUCCACCCUUUGUUUUCCCCUUGAAGUAGCUGCCCUAUAUAUGGAACUGAAACUCGCUUGCCUCCUCCGUUCUCGAUUUGUUUUGUUUUGUUUUGCUUUGCUUUGCUUUCCGGGGGCUCGAUUAGAGGCGUCUCCGCCGCCGCGCCGUCGCCAUUCCUAUUCCAUCUGGUAAUUCCGUCUUCCUAUAAACCUUCUCUUUCAAUACUGUUUUCAACCCAGAAAUGAGAAGAAUUCGUUUUGCAUGUCUAUCUGCUCUUAAAUCUGCAAACUCCUUUCUCUGCCAAAAUAGCCCAAUUCCCACAGCUUUAUCUAGGGUUGCUCGCCUGCCCAUCAAUCCCCCUUUUGGGGUUGCCGCAUUUUGCUCGAAUACAAGAGCAUCUGAUUCCGGUUUCAGUGAUGUGGCCAAGUUCUAUGCGACUAUUAUGGAUAACUCUAAAGCAUAUGACAAUCUGGAGAAAUCCCUUGACCAACUUGAGCUCCAAUUGGCUACUCCUUUGGUUCUAGAGCUUCUCCAAAGGCUUUCUCUCGAGGAGAAGUUAGCAUUCAGGUUUUUUACAUGGGCAGCCAAUCAACAUAAUUAUGCCCAUCAGCCUCAAGCUUAUAAUCAAAUGAUUGACAUUUUGUCCAGUACUAAGUAUAAGAUUAAACAAUUUCGAAUCGUUUGUGACAUGCUUGAUCAUAUGAAGAGGAGUAACAGGAAUCCGGUCCCUGUUGAUGUUUUGCUCCUCAUUUUGAGACAAUAUACUGAAAAGCAUUUGACGCAUCUUCAGAAAUUUGCUAAGAAGAAGAGGAUAAGGGUGAAGACGCAGCCGGAGAUCAAUGCCUUUAACUUGCUGUUGGAUGCCUUGUGUAAGUGUAGUCUGGUUGAGGAUGCUGAGGUUCUGUUCAACAGGAUGAAGACUAGGGUUAAACCAGAUGCUAAUUCUUACAAUAUAUUGUUUUUUGGGUGGUGCAGAGUUAGGAAUCCAAAAAGAGGAAUGAGGGUUCUGGAAGAAAUGAUCCAGUUGGGUCAUACUCCUGAUAACUUUACUUACAAUACUGCUAUUGAUGCCUUUUGCAAAGCAGGGAUGGUUAGUGAGGCAGCUGAACUUUUUGAGUUUAUGAGAACAAAAGGGUCGACCAUGUCUUCUCCCACUGCAAAAACUUAUGCAAUCAUGACUGUGGCUUUAAUCCAUGACAACAGAAUGGAGGAAUGCUUUGAGCUUAUAGGGCAUAUGAUAAAUAGUGGUUGCCUUCCUGAUGUUUCAACAUACAAAGAAUUGAUUGAAGGGAUGUGUUCAGCAGGGAAGAUUGAGGAAGCUUACCAGUUCUUGGAAGAGAUGGGAAACAAGGGAUACCCUCCUGAUAUAGUUACUUACAAUUGUUUUCUCAAGGUCCUUUGUGAUGUUAUGAAGAGUGAUGAAGCUUUGAGGCUUUAUCAAAGAAUGAUUGAUGUGGGUUGUGUGCCUAGUGUGCAAACCUAUAAUAUGUUGAUUUCAAUGUUUUUUCAGAUGGGUGAUCUUGAUGGGGUGUUUGAGACUUGGCAAGAGAUGGAUAAGAGGGGCUGUGCACAAGACAUUGAGACUUAUUGCAUCAUGAUUGAUGGGCUUUUCAGCUGUAAUAAAGUGGAAGAUGCUUGUUUUCUUUUGGAAGAUGUUGUAAACAAGGGAUUGAAAUUGCCAUACCCGAGGUUUGACUCCUUUUUGAUUCAGCUUUCAGCAAUUGGUAAUCUCCAAGCCAUCCAGAAACUUUCUGACCAUAUGAGGAAGUUUUACAAUCCUGCUAUGGCAAGACGUUUUGCACUGAAUGAAAAGCGGAAGAGUAUGAGAUUAAGAGGGAAGUAAGAAUAUAUGACAGCAUUUUUGGAACUUUUUCUUUCAUCU